GACGUGGGGGUGUGGCCUGGCGGACAGGGCCGAAGGUGCGUCGCUUGUUUUGGUGUCUCACAAGUCACGCGACUCCGCUGGAGGAUGGACACCAAGACCGAGAGCAGCAAGCUGAUUUUUGAGAAGGAAGGAGUUUAUCUCCACACAAACGCCAAGAGGAGUAACGAGGAGACCUCCAUCCCUGGAUUCAUCUGCGUCGUCGAGCGGGAUGGAGAGCCGUUGUUGGAGUGGAGACCUGCUCGGGAUGAAGGGAAAAAUGCACCAGCCGUCUUUUAUGCCAAAAAGGACGGUGAGGGAGGAGAGGAGGAGCCGAAUUUCGACCCUGGGUACGAGCCGGACUGGGCCGUCAUCAGCACUGUGAAGCAGAGCAGAGGGACGGAGCAGAUCCCUGUUAGAGAGACGGGCCAUUGGGGUUCGUUCUCCCUGCCCCUGUCGGAGCUGUACUCUCUGCGUCGUGCUCGUUUCUCUCUGGGGAGGAACUUUGUGGUGUUGACGAGUCGAGGAGGCGACCCUCUGCCCCCGCUGCACUUCCACAGGGGUGGAACACGGGAACUGCUCCGGGCCAUGCAGAAAUACAUCCGUCUCGCACCGUCCCCGGUGGACGGUCGAUUGUUUCUGGCGUACCCUCAUGACUCAGACGCUCUCUCACACUCGUUUGAUGAGCUGCAGAUGUUUGAUGACACCAGCUCAGAUCUCGUAUCUAGGUUUAUCCAGGACCCCUAUGCCACCACGUUCGGUGGCUUCUCCAAGGUGACCAACUUCUUCAAAGGAGCUCUGAAACCCCCGGAAUCUCCUCUGCAUGCUCAGGGAAACCCGCACACUCCUCGCUUAUCCGACGACGAGCCCGGGUUCGAGCUCAUAACCUGCCAAGGGGCGGAGCUUGGACCCCGGCCGAGUGUGAGCAGAGGGGGGCCCCUGGAUAGCUGGGGGCCGUUUCUGGACUCGGAGGGGCGCGUGACAAAUCCACAAAAAGUCAAGGAGUUGGUGUUCAGAGGGGGAAUCGUUCCCUCUUUUCGGAAGGAGGUCUGGAAGUUCCUUCUGGAUUUUACCUGGAAUAGCACAUUCAAGGAGCGGGAGGAUAUCAUUCGAAGCAAAACAGACGAGUAUUUCAGGAUGAAGGUCCAGUGGAAGUCCAUCAGUGAAGAGCAGGAGAUGAGAAACUCCCUCCUCCGUGGUUACCGCAGCCUGAUUGAGCGUGACGUGAAUCGGACAGACAGACAGAAUCCGUUCUUCUCGGGGAAUGACAACCCGGGCCUGACUCUGCUAAACGACGUUCUCAUGACCUACUGCAUGUAUAACUUUGACUUGGGGUACGUUCAGGGGAUUAGUGACCUCCUGGCACCGCUGCUCUUCGUCACUCAGAAUGAAGUCGAGUCUUUCUGGUGUUUGACGGGAUUCAUGGAGCUCGUGCAUCAGAACUUUGAGGAAUCUCAGGAGGCGAUGAAACAGCAACUCUUCCAACUCAGCCUUCUGCUCCGAUCGCUCGAUCCUGAACUGUGUGAUUACCUGGACUCUCAGGACAGCGGCUCUCUGUGUUUCUGCUUCCGUUGGCUGCUUAUCUGGUAUAAGAGAGAAUUCUCCUUCGAGGAUAUCCUGCACCUCUGGGAGGUUCUGUGGACUCGUCUGCCUUGUCCUAACUUCCACCUGCUCAUAGCCUGCGCUAUCCUGGAGUCCCAGCGGGGGGAGCUGAUCGGCUCUGACCACGACUUUAACACCAUUCUCAAGCACAUCAAUGAGUUGACCAUGAAGCUGGAUCUGCAGUUGAUGCUGCAGGAUGCUGAGGGGAUUUAUCUACAACUGGCCCAGUGCAAGGAUUUGCCGGUGAAGGUUCGGGAGGUUUUGGGAAUGCCCAUCACUUUCAGCCCGGAUGAAGUGAGUUCCGAAUCAGAGCCCCGAGAAACAGACACACUACUCAGCCAAUCAGCUUCAGGGGGUGUGGCCGUCUGUCAGUCGAGUACCCAGAACGCCUCACAUCGCCCGCCUCCUACUUACCCAUAAUCCCAUAACCGUUUCUGAGAAGAAUUCUGAAUGCUAUAUAAAACAUAAGUACAUGAUGUAACUGUUCAUAUACAAGGUAUUAAUGCUAAUGAACAUUUAUAGAGUUGUUCUGAAGAGCCUGAAACAUACUUUACUAUAAUAAUAAUAAUAAUAAUAACUGUACUCCACAGGAAGGGAAAACCAGAGAAUACACAAUACUAUGAGCUGUUAUGGGUGGGUGUGUGUGUGUGUGUGUGUGCGUGUGUGUGUGUGUGUGUGUGUGUGUGUGUGUGUGUGUGUGCGUGUGUGUGUGUGUGUGUGUGCGUGUGUGUGUGUGUUUGUGUGCGUGUUAGAAUUAAUUUUCUAGUUAUUAAUUAGUUAUUAAUAAUUCAUUAAUUUAUAAAAUUCUAGGCAUAAAUGUACCUAAUUCUGAUCUGUAGAUUAUAUAAGACCAACAUCACCCUGUUCUAAUAAACCUGCCCACAUCUAACAAAGCCACGCCUACUCACAAUCCUUCAACUUUAAUAAAACUCCGCCCACUUAUGAUAACAUUUCUAAUAAAGCCCUGUUCACUCGUAAUAAAAUCUUAAAUAAAGUCCUGCCCCCUUUGAUUAAUUCUCAAAUGAAGCCCUGCCCACAUCUAGUGAAAUCUCUAAUUAUGCCCCACCCACUUUUAAUAAAACUUCCAAUAAAGCCCUGCCCCUUUCUAAUGAAAUCUCUAAUAUAGCCCCACCCACUUCUAAUGAAAUCUCUAAUAAAGCCCCACCCACUACAAAAAAAACACUAAUAAAGCCCUGCCCACUUCUAAUAAAACCUCAAAUUACAUCUCUACUAAAGCCCCACCAAUCUGUAAUAAAACACUAAUGAAACCUCACCAACCGCUAAUAAACAACUAAUUAAGCCCCGCCCAUCUGUAAUUAAACCCUGUUCACCUCUGAUAAAAAGCUCUAAAAAAGCCACACCCACUUCUUCAAAAAUUCAAAUUAAUCCUUUAAACCGAAUGAAGCCCCGCCCACGUGUUAUAAAGCUCUAACUACUCACUGGAUCUGGAACAUUUGGUGUAACAGACUGGAAAUAAUCCCACUGAAGGGGUUUCAGAUCUUCUGAACUUAUUGAAGGUGAGCAGUGUGAAAUGUUCUGUUAUGGUUACUAAAGAGAGAUUGAGAACUUUGUGUUGUUUCUGUGGCGUGUGUGUGUGUGUGUGUGUGUGUGUGUGUGUCAGUCAUUGUGUAGCUUUCUACACGUGUGUUACAGUGCAGUAAUGAGACGGUUAUGAUCUCAUGCACAUUUGCACGAUUUGGAUUCUCACAUCAGAUAUAAAUAUGAAGAAAAAUCUAUUUUUGGUUUGUUUUUAACCAUUGUUACAUUCUCUUCUCAUCAAAUCAGCUCACUCUCAAUAAAGCUGACAAACACUG